AUGAGCGACCGGGCGGCCGCUGCGCGCCGCGGUAAGUGUGGACGUCUGUGCAAGUGUGAGAGCAUCAUGGUAGCGUUUAAAGGCGUCUGGACUCAGCCCUUCUGGAAGGCUGUUUCAGCAGAAUUUUUGGCCAUGUUAAUUUUCGUCCUUCUCAGCCUCGGUUCCACAAUCAACUGGGGUGGAGCAGAGAAGCCCCUGCCUGUAGACAUGGUCCUUAUCUCUCUCUGCUUUGGACUCAGCAUUGCAACCAUGGUGCAGUGCUUCGGGCACAUCAGCGGUGGCCACAUUAACCCUGCUGUGACUGUGGCAAUGGUCUGCACGAGGAAGAUCAGCCUCGCCAAGUCGGUCUUCUACAUUCUCGCCCAGUGCCUGGGAGCCAUCGUGGGGGCAGGCAUCCUUUACCUCAUCACACCACCAAGUGUGGUGGGAGGCCUGGGAGUCACUAUGGUACAUGGAGAUCUUUCCGCUGGCCAUGGACUCCUGGUGGAGUUGAUAAUUACAUUCCAGCUGGUUUUUACUAUUUUUGCCAGCUGUGAUUCAAAACGAAACGAUGUCACUGGUUCAGUAGCUUUAGCAAUUGGAUUUUCUGUUGCAAUUGGACAUUUAUUUGCUAUCAAUUACACCGGUGCCAGUAUGAACCCUGCUCGAUCAUUUGGACCUGCUGUCAUCAUGGGGAAAUGGGAAAACCAAUGGGUUUACUGGGUGGGACCAAUAAUAGGAGCAGUCCUUGCUGGUGCUCUUUAUGAGUAUGUCUAUUGCCCAGAUGUUGAACUCAAGCGCCGUUUUAAAGAUGUCUUCAGUAAGGCUACCCAGCCAUCCAAAGGGAAAUACACAGAGGUGGAUGAUAGCAGGAGCCAUGUGGAGACUGAUGACCUGAUUCUGAAGCCUGGCAUAGUUCACGUGAUUGAUAUUGACCGGGGUGAGGACAAGAAGGGAAGAGAUCCGUCGAGCGAGGUGCUGUCUUCUGUAUGA